AUGGCCGAUCUCAAACCCCCCUCCGUCGAGUCCGAGAAGCCGUUCACCAUCCACGUCCCGGACGAGGCCAUUUCGCGGCUCAAGACCAAGCUCUCCGACACCAUCUUCCCCGAUGAACUCGAGGGCGUCGAAUGGGACUACGGCGUGCCCAUGAAAGACCUUCAACGCCUCGUCGAGCGUUGGGCCGAUGGCUUCGACUGGCGCAAACAGGAGGCCGUGCUCAAUGCCGAGUUCCCGCAGUUCACAAGGGACAUUACCGUCGAAGGCCACGGCACGCUCAACAUUCACUAUAUCCACAAGAAGAGCGACGUCAAGGGUGCCAUUCCAUUGUUGUUUGUCCAUGGCUGGCCGGGAAGCUUCGUCGAGGCGCGCAAGAUCCUACCAUUGCUCACGGCCAGCUCACCGGAUCACCCGAGUUUCCACUUUGUCGGCUUGAGUAUCCCAGGGUACGGCUUCUCGGAGGCGCCGAGAAAGUCCAAGUUCGGACUGGACCAGUAUGCCGAGGUCGGAAACAAGCUUAUGCUUGCGUUGGGGUACGACGAGUACGUCACGCAGGGAGGCGAUUGGGGUUUCGCCAUCACGCGUCGGAUUGCUUCCCUAUAUGGCCACAAGCACAGCAAGGCGUGGCACACCAACUUCCCGACCGGAGACCCACCGAGCCCGAUCUGGCAGCCCCUCGAGUUCAUCAAGCUGUUCCUCAUGUCCUCCGAGCAGCGCAACGCCCUGUACAAGAGCCUCGAGUUCAUGGACACCGGCAUGGGCUACAUGGCGCAGCACGCGACGAAGCCGCAGACCCUCGGCUACGCGCUGGCCGACUCCCCGGUUGGCCUGCUCGCCUGGCUGUACGAGAAAAUGGUCGGCUGGUCGGAUGAGUACCCGUGGACAGACGACGAAGUUCUUACCUGGGUCUCGAUCUACUGGUUCUCUCGCGCCGGCCCCGUCGCAUCAACACGGAUAUAUCGAGAGAGCGCCGGGCCGAGCUUCGAGGCCGUGAAGAAGGUCUUCCAAAACAUCGAGAAGCCCACCAUUCCGUUUGGCGCGUCGCAUUUCCAGAAGGAGAUCAUCGUCUUCCCACUCGGAUGGGUAAAGACAUCUGGCAAGUUGGUGUACCAGCGUGCGCAUCCACGCGGCGGACACUUCGCCGCAUGGGAGAAGCCAGAAGAGCUCGUGAGUGAUUUGAGGGAGAUGUUUGGCCGGGGCGGCAAGGCGUUCGGGGUGGUAAAGGGGAAAGACGGGUAUUGA